AUGCCUCCGUUCCCGAAUCUACCCGUCAGUACGUGGAAGCCUCGAAUAAUAUGCUACUUUCAGACCUACCACCACAACGGCCAAUAUCUCUCUCUUUUACCCCUUCUCACCAACCCCUCCGGAAUCACACAUGUGAUACUAGCAGCAAUCCAUGUCAACUGGGACCCACAGAACCUGACGCUCAAUGACGACCCGCCCGAUCACGAAAAAUACACCCAGUUAUGGGACGAAGUCCUUGUUCUCCAAGAUUCCGGGAUCAAGGUCUUGGGGAUGCUGGGUGGCGCCGCUCGAGGUUCCUUUGCAAGGCUGGAUUACUCGGAAUCGAGGACCGACGUGCCCAUCGCGCGGUUCGAAAGCUACUAUAUUCCGCUACGUGACAUGAUCAGGCGGUAUGACCUCGACGGAAUAGAUCUUGACGUUGAGGAAGAAAUGUCUCUUCCUGGGAUCGUGCAUCUGAUCGAUCGUUUGAAGGCGGACUUUGGGCCGGAAUUUAUCAUCACACUCGCUCCCGUGGCCACUGCUCUCAUGGCUGGCCGGCCGCAUCUGUCUGGGUUUGACUACCGAAUGCUUGAGGCCAUGCGCGGGUCAAGCAUCGCCUGGUACAAUGCACAAUUCUACAAUGGAUGGGGGGGCUUGCACAACACGGCUGCCUACGAUGAGAUCAUGCGCAAUGGUUGGCCUGCGGAGAAGGUUGUGGCGGGCAUGUUGACGAACCCUAAGCACGGUGGGAGCGGAUACGUGCCGUUGGAAUUGUCGGCGGCGGUGUUGAGCUUGCUGGUUCAGAGAUAUCCGGAGUUUGGGGGGGUUAUGGGGUGGGAGUACUGGGACGCGCUGCCUCAGGAAGGCGAGAACUGUUGGAAAUGGGCUUACUGCAUGGCCUUGUGUAUGGGCAUGAAGAAGUUGCGGGAUGCGGCCGUGGCGGUGCAGCUUUCGAGGGAGUGGCUGGGGUAUUCUUCGCCACCGUCACAAUAA